UGGUCCAUGGCAUAUGAAGAUCUGCUCUUGACUAAUGAGCCUUUUCCCGAGCGAAUUCCUCUACCUGCAUAGAAAAAACAAAAACAAAAAAAAAUGGACAAAUUUAAGAGCGUGUUAAAGCCCAAAGCUAACCCACAAGAGCAAUUGAGAGGUUGGCAGCGACGCCUCCGCCAAGAGUGCCGCAACAUCGAGCGACAAAUCAGAGAUGUUCAGAGAGAGGAGAAGAGUGUGCAUAAAGCAAUUAGAGAGGCUGCAAAGAGAAAUGACAUGGGCUCAGCAAAGGCACUUGCAAAGGAAAUUGUGAUGUCAAGAAAGGCUGUGAAUCGCCUUUACGAGAAUAAAGCCCAACUUAAUUCAAUCUCAAUGCACCUUGGAGAAAGUGUUGCAAUUUCUCGUACUGUUGGUCAUUUGUCCAAGAGUGCAGAGGUCAUGAAACUUGUCAAUAACCUCAUGAAAGCUCCGGAAGUGGCAGCCACAAUGCAAGAAUUUAGCAAAGAAAUGACCAAGGCAGGAGUGAUUGAAGAAUUUGUGAAUGAUGCUGUUGACACUGCAUUGGAUUCAGAAGAUAUAGAAGAAGAAACUGAAGAAGAAGUUGAUAAGGUCCUGACUGAAAUAGCUGGUGAGACGGCUGCACAGCUUCCAGAAGCUGUCAGGAAGGAGAGGACAAAGUUACCUGCCCAGAGAGCUAGUACUUCACAAGAAGAAGAAGCUAUUGCUGAGGGAGCAGACGAUGAGGAAGAGCUGGAAGAGUUAAGAGCACGGCUUGCUAAAGUGAGAUCAUAAUUUCUCCAAUUGUUUUCAUUGCUUAGCCACUAAAGUAUUAGAGAAAAAGGGGUUUGUAUCAUUAGGGUUCUAGCCCAUUGUUCUGUUUGAGAUUAGGGCUUCAAACCCAGCUUAACAUAUUAUGAACAGAUGAUACUUUUUUAGCAAAGGCCAUUAUAUGCUAUCUCGUGUAUGAUAUUAAAAAAAAUACUAACAAAAUUUUUAUUUUUUUAAUAAAAAUGAAUUUCUGAAA